UGCCUAUAAUGAUUUUCAACAGGUAUAUUAUUGUUUGAAGGACAGAGAAAGAGAAGAGAGAGAGAGAGAGAGAGAUGGGGGUCUUUCAUCUUCCUCUCACAGUCUAGGGUUUUGUUCUCCAAUCUAUUCUGUGUAGAAUUGUAGAUCAAAGAUCAAGAUUCUGAAUCCUAGUUGACGGAAUUUUCGUGCUACUUUAACAUGGAUAUCUCUUAUUGUGUGGGGAAUUUAAUAGUUUAGCCUACAAAGAGCGAAUAUAAUAGGAGAGUUCAUUCAUUUUGAUCUUGAGCUUCUAGGAAAGCCCUAGUUCUCAAACUGCUUUAGCUCUGUAUAGGCUGAUCUUAGUAGGUAGAUGUGCAUCUUGUAAUUAUAUAUAGCUAUAUGCAAAGUCUCAACUAGAAGAGAAAAGGCCGACAGCGGAAACAAGAAGGCGAUGGAUAGUGGUGAAAAAGAAUGUUCCAAAACAAGCCCUUCUGAGAAAAAUGAUGAUGAGGAUGAGAGCCAAGGGAAAGACGAAAGCUGCACUGUUAAAGAUGGAGGAAGCUCAAGCAACAGCACGGUUGAAGAGAGCGAGAAGAAGCCGUCCGUGAGACCUUACGUUCGAUCCAAGAUGCCUAGGCUCAGGUGGACGCCUGAUCUCCAUAUGCGCUUUGUGCACGCUGUGGAACGACUUGGAGGACAAGACAGAGCCACGCCAAAACUAGUGCUUCAAUUGAUGAACAUCAAAGGACUCAAUAUUGCUCAUGUGAAGAGCCAUUUACAGAUGUACAGGAGCAAGAAGAUUGAUGAAUCCAACCAAGGACUCAUGGAUCACAGGCUCUUCAUGGAAGGUGGAGAUCGGAAUGUAUACAAUCUAAGCCAGCUCCCUCUUCUUCCAAGCUUUAAUCAAAGGCAAAAUUACUCUAACCUCAGGUAUGGAGAUCCUUCUUGGAGCCCUCAUGGAAAAUGGAUGCAUAAUUCAGCUCCAGGGCAGAAUACAAUUAGUCACAAGACAAGACCUGGAUUUUAUGAUACAAUCACCGAAAGGCUCAUAGGCAGCCAUUUCUAUAGGCCGUCAGCAAAUCUUGAUCUUUGGUCCAGAACUUCCUCUCACACCGAUGGAUCCACCUGGCGGAGGAACGAAGACUUCAAGGAAGUGUAUAGGCAAGAACCCUGGCUAGGUCAAUCUAGACAGAACCCUAUUCAGCUCAACUCAUCAAAGCUGAUACAAAAUGGAGUCCAGGAGCAAAGGAUUUCAUCAGAUGCUGCUAAGAGUAAUCCUCCAAUUAGCUCUGCAGGCCAAACAAUGAGGGACACUGCAAGAUUGAAAAGAAAGGCCUCAGGUUCUGAUGAUAAGCUGGAUUUGAAUUUAUCGCUUGCGUUGGAAUCAAGAAACGAAUCAGAGCAGAAAGGCACACUAAUUACUGAUGAUGAUGAUGAACACUUAUCGCUAUCGCUGUUCACAAGUCGUCCGUCCUCUUCAAACCUAAUCAAGAAGCUGAAAGAAGAUGAUACCGUCGUUCAUGGAACUGAUCAACAAAAUGCAAUUAGAGGGGCGAGUACUCUGGAUCUGACUCUAUGAAUUAGGUAAAUUCUAAGUGAGAUCUUGAGGUACUUGUUUUUCUGAAUAUUAUGCAUUCAUUUCUGAUAUUGUCUUGUAGCAUGAUGAUGAUUAUAAUUAAGGAAAUUAUUAUGACAAUUAA